AGCUGCCUGGUGAGAAUGAAAUGGAGUUAUAAAUCGUGAUGGAUCCCCUCGACAGGCCCGAAUCUCUUAAGGAAAAAUUUGAAUCAUCAUCAUCAUCUGCAGCAACAAAUAGAGAGACGUCGACAUGUGCUCCGUGGGCCCGAUUCUCCACUUGGCUGGAAUGUGUGUGCGUUGUUACCUUCGACCUGGAGCUCGGUCAAGCCAUAGAGCUUGUCUAUCCACAUGAUGUAAAACUUACAGAGAAGGAGAAAACAAGCAUAUGCUACUUAUCCUUUCCUGACUCCUACUCAGGAUGCCUUGGAGACACACAAUUUAGCUUUAGGCUGCGGCAGUCUGUGGGACGAGUCAGUGGCUUGUGGUUUGGAGAGGAGGAUGACUACAAUAGGGAUGUGCCACUGAUACUGCAGAAGGAACUGGCACAUUUCUACGGCUAUGUGUACUUCAGACAAGUAAAAGAUGUCUCUGUCAAAAGGGGCUACUUUCAGAAGUCACUGGUCCUGGUUUCCAGACUGCCGUAUGUGCAGUUGUUUCACUCCCUUCUGCAGAUUAUUACUCCUGAGUACUUUGAGAAGCUAGAGCCUUGUCUUGAGGCAGUGUGUAAUGAGAUUGACCAGUGGCCUCCACCUGUGCCAGGGAAAACCCUCAAUUUACCUGUGAUGGGCGUUGUCGUGCAGGUCAGGAUUCCUUCAAAGGAUGACAAAGCAGGGGGAAGUCCUACCAGGCAGGGACAAAAGGAGAAUCUUCUCCCAGCUCCAAUGGUUCUCCCUACUGUCCAUGAGCUUGAUCUUUUCAAGUGUUUCCAGUCUAUCUUCAUUCACCUCCAGAUGCUUUGGGAGCUAAUGUUGCUAGGAGAACCGAUGGUCGUCAUGGCACCCUCUCCAGCCAUCUCCUCAGAGACUGUACUGGCCCUAGUGAGCUCUAUCGGCCCCUUGAAGUACUGCUGUGAUUUUCGCCCUUACUUCACUAUCCACGACAGUGAAUUUAAAGAGUACACUACCAGGACUCAGGCACCGCCUAAUGUAAUACUGGGAGUUACUAACCCCUUCUUUAUCAAGACCUUCCAGUGCUGGCCUCACAUCUUGCGUCUUGGGGAGCUGAAAAUGUCUGGAGAUUUGCCAAAGCAAGUGAAGGUUAAGAAAUUGUCCAAGUUGAAGACGCUGGACACAAAACCAGGUAUAUACACAGCUUACAAAACAUUUCUUCAUAAAGACAAAGCACUCAUCAAGCGACUCCUAAAGGGAAUUCAGAGGAAAAGGCCUUCAGAAGUACAGAGUGCCAUCUUGAGGCGAUAUCUCUUGGAACUAACGCAGAGUUUCAUCAUUCCACUGGAGCGAUACUUAGCCAGUCUGAUGCCACUGCAAAGAUCUGUGACUCCAUGGAAGACCCCUCCUCAGAUCCGCCCUUUUAGUCAGGAUGAGUUCAUGGCCACUCUGGAUCAUGCAGGACCGCAACUUACCUCAGUGCUCAAAGGGGACUGGCCGGGACUUUAUAAGCGAUUCUUCCGCUCUGCUAACUUUGAUGGAUGGUAUCGUCUCAGACACAAGGAAAUGACACAAAAAGUUGAAUGCCUUCAUUUAGAGGCCAUCUGUGAUGCUGAUCUACUGAGUUGGACCAAGGAUAAGUCAGAGGUGGAGAUCGUUGACCUCAUUUUAAAAUUGCGGGAGAAAUUGAUUAGAGCUCGUAAGAUACAGCUUCCAGUAAAGGAUGAGCUCCUGGAGAAACUGGAAAGCUACAUUCAGACUGUGAUCAGCUCCCUGCCUGAGGACCUGCAGACAGUACUGCACAAACAUUGAUAAAGAGCCCCAUUCCAAACUCAUAGACACACCAAUCACUGGAAGAGUGGCACCCUGAACAACAGAGCCACUUACAUCGACGGCAGUUACCAAGAGACUGAGAGAUGGAUGCACAAAGGGCAAUGCUGAACAGAUACCAACACCCCAUUUGACUUGAAGGUAAACCUUGCAAAAUUCUGUAGAGCAAAAAAGGCUUAUAUUGCUAUGAUAAAUCAAUAGCAUUGAGGGUAAAGUUCCCUUAGAAAGCCUAUUUCUGUUUAUUCUCUGCCUGGUCUUUUACAAAUGAUGGUAACAAACAAUUAUUGUGUCCAAGCUAGACACUUCUCUAUGUCCACGAUUAUUUUAAUUCAUUAUGUAGUUGCAUUUCAUAGCAGUUAAGUGCUUAAAAUACUGCAGUAGCUGAUUCAAGCAAAACCUGUGGAAAUGCUUUCAGAGCACAUUUUUCAGGUUUCUUUAAUGCCUGUGAUUUAUUAAAAUGCUCAAAGUACAUUCAGAGAGAACGUUUGAGGUGGGUCGGUGCACUUAGCCAACACAGCAAAUAUGCCACUUGCGUUGUCAGGUAGUUCUGUUUGUAGAAGCAGUGCACUUCCAGGUCUGAAUAUAUGUAAGGAAAAAACAAUAUUAAAAUGCAACCAGUUGUCAUGUUUCACUUGUUUGUUGUGUGAUAAAGCCAUGCACAGUUUAGUGACAUUAACUGAUUUUUUUUUUAAUGAAAAGUGUGUUUAUAACAGUGAAAGAAUCCUGUUGUAUCAAAAGAAAAUGUAAGAAA